AUGCCUGUCAAACCCGAGCACCCUCAAUUCCUACGACUCGCCCCACCGCAACAAGCCGAUAAUCUGCAGCCUCAAAAAUGCCAUCUAGCGCCGCAAGCCGGGCAAAAGUGCAGGGAAGCCGAAACGAUGUGGUAUUUUGACGCGGCCACGCAGAGAUGCCUCCAAUUCUUCUACGGUGGUUGUGGCGGAAAUGAGAAUCGCUUCGUCACCCACGAUGAAUGCCAGAAUGAAUGCGCUCCCGUGCAGCAUCAGGCGCUGACGAUGCGUGCCGAAUCUUCGGUUGAUGAACUCGGAAAUGCUGAACAGGCCGGUGAAGUUGAGGCAGAGCGAAUGCAAGGAGAUCAACCGAGACGACUACGCGAUGAUACGGACGACGCAGAGGAGUCACGAUUUCGCGGAUCCAAUAGAACGGUAGAUGUACAGGAUGUGGCCACGGUUGUGCCGGUCGGUGCUUUGCCCGAUUUGUGUUUGUUGCCGGAACAGAAGGGAUCGUGCUUUGGCAGCGAGUUGAAGUGGCGCUAUAUUGCUGAAACGGCGAGCUGCUUGAGCUUUAUGUACACAGGAUGUGAUGCGAAUGCUAAUCAUUUCGAGUCUGAGGAAUCCUGCCUACGCGCCUGCGGCCCCGCGCGCGAAGAGAAGGUCUGCGCGCUUCCGGCUUCGGUUGGAAGUUGCGAGCUGGCCGUGUCGAAGUGGAAUUUCGACGCGAAGACCGGGGAGUGCAAAUUGUUCAUGUGGACCGGAUGUGGGGGAAAUUUGAAUCGCUUUUCAUCGCGCGAAGAGUGCGAAGCGCUGUGUCGUGCCGAACAAGCAUGGGCGAGUGAAGAAGAUGUAUGCAAAAUGGGACGCGAAUCGGGGCCGUGCUCGGAUGCUGUCACCCAGUGGUACUACGAUAAAGAGAUCUCCGGCUGCCGUCAGUUUACCUAUGGUGGAUGCCGCGGAAACGGGAAUCGCUUCGACACGCGCGAGCAGUGCGAGGGUAAAUGUGCGCCAAAGAUGCAGGCGCUCACGCUUAUUGAGCCAAAUGAUGUUUGCGCACUCACCUGGGAGAGAGGACCAUGCCCUGGGGAGGAGCCCCGCUUCUUCUUCGACAAGAAUUCCGGCAGAUGCCGUCCGUUCGUCUACGGUGGAUGUGAGGGCAACCGGAAUAACUUCCACUCGUUGCUGGACUGCGAGCACGCGUGCGGGAAGCCGGAAAAUUUGAGGGAGGAACGCCGGAUUUCCCUGUCAACACAACGACCAGGGCCAUUCCAUAUUGGCGAGGAGGUGCUACUCGCAUGCCAUGCCGACGGUGAGGUGCCAAUUCUGUGGUUCAAGGACGGACAAUUGCUCGUAUUCUCAAUCAGGAUUGUCGGUAACACUGACCUGUCCUUAGUGCGUAUCGGCGAGGCUGAACUUGCUGACGCUGGUGAAUACACGUGUGCUGUUGGGCCGAACGGGUUACUGUCCGAUCGGAUGAUGCUCAAGGUUACCGACCGCGAACCCGUGAAAACGAUCUGCUUCGACCAGGGCCGCGGCCACACCUGCGCCCUGACCGUCAGGAUGAAGCUGUGCGACAAGAAGAGAUACUUCGUGAACUGCUGCCAGAGCUGCGUGCAGGCCGGCUAUCCAAUGAUUAUUGCC